AUGUCAGAUAGAUUCCUCAGCUCCAGCAAGGGCCCAGCUUUCUGUCAGUAUGCUACAAGCAAAGGACAAAUUCUGUUUGAGAGAGGUUACUGGAAUCCAAUGCCUAUAAAUACAUACCUCAGUGGAGAUGGAUUAUCCCACUGUUACCGUGGUCCUGCCUAUUAUGUCCCAUCAGAGAGGGCAUGGGUGGACUACAAAGAUUACCACUCAUUACCACCUUUAACUCGACGUGAUGCUAUACACAUGGACAGUGAAGAUAAAUACAGAGAGUUCCAAAAAAAGAGAGACAGUAGACCACACCCAUCAGGAAUCUCCAUGUCUGGAUAUCCUAUGAACUUCACUGGUGUCCCUUAUCCCCAGCUGGUUCCAUUUCAAACAAGUGCUUGGAGAAGGCGCUGGAAUGGACCUGGAAACUUUGUACCACCAGGAAACAAAUGGUUCCAUGAAAAUCCAGGAUCAUUACAUGAAGCCUACAAAUUCUACAAUGAAGAAGACUAUGAGAAAUUUAAACACCUCAGUGAAAAACCAACAUGUUAUCAGAAAGUUUCACGAUAA